AUGCUACCAAGAGAGAGUAUACAACUGCCACUACCCAGUAGUAGUAGUAGUCCCAGUAGCAGUAGAAGAAGACCAUAUAGUAGAUUAGGAUGUCGUGAAUGUAAAAGAAGAAAAAUAAAAUGUACCGAAGAAAAACCUGCAUGUUCAAUCUGUUUAAAGUUAAAUAAAGUAUGUUCAUAUCCAUUACCGGGUGAAAAAGUAUUAAGAAUUUCUAGAAGAUUAAUUAGAGAAGAAAUUGAUUCAUUAGCUACAAAUUCUACUCAGUUCUUACCGAUACAAUAUGAUUUACCUAAGAAUAUUAAACCACAACAACGACAACCGUCAGAAGAUAAUAAGAACAAUGAAGAACUGUCGGAAAAGACAAGGAGAUCUCCGGUGCAUAUUAACAAUCUUGUGAAUGAUAUGAAUUCGGUAUCAUCUUCACCUCAAGUGCUACCUACAAGUAUUGUACGACCUCCUCAUGAACAGCUGCAACUGCAUCCAAUGAACGGGGAUGCAACUGAUGAUAGAAGCAUUACAACAGCUGCUGCAACGCUACCAGAUAUAUUCAAUAAUGACAUUUAUCAAUUUAGUGGUACUGAUCUUAGUGUCUUAACUACCGAUUUAAACAACCUUGUGAAUGAAAUCAUGGGAUUCUCAAAUUUCCCCACCUGGGAAUCAACAGAUGAUAAUUUCCAAACCAGCAGUCCAUAUCUUGAACUAGCAGGCCAACCACACCCAGAACCAAAACCACCCCAACCCACGGCUGACAAGUCUGAAAUCACAAGAAAUAUCCCGAUAGAUUUCUUACAAUUCCAACGAAAACACGAAACAUUAUAUUUCGAACAAUUCUACCACAAUUUCGCCAACAUAAUCCUCCCCUUCGACGCCUAUGACCCCAUUUCCAAAACCAUAUCUAAUCCUGUUCGUGAUGUAAUCCUAAUCGCCGCCUCUCGGGAACCAUUCCUCCUAGCUGCAAUCCUCGCGGAGGGUGCUAAACAUUGUUAUGACCGAAGUCAUUUGUCGGAAGAUGAACGGGCAUAUGGGAUCUAUUUAUCUAAAUGUUUGAAAUUAUUAGAUCAGACUUCGAAUAAUAUUAUCAAUACUAGUAAUGUCAAGAUCGAGGCGACAUUGUUGACGUUGUUGUUGUUGACGGCGUCGACUGCUACUAGUAUGAAAAAAUGGCGACCUCAUUUAUCGGGGGCGAAAGAUUUAUUAUUAAGAUUGUCGACAAAACAGAAUGCUGGAAAGAUUUCAAAACCGGUGGUGUUUUGUAAAUAUUGGUUCAUAACUAUUGAGAUAUUAGCCGGGUUGAGUACUGAAGUUGGGGGGACAUUACAGGAGGAUUGGGAAGUGGAUGCGAUUAUUUCCCCCGGAGAUGAAUAUGAGAUGGAGGUUUUGAAAGAGAUGGGAUUGAUUACGGAGAAGGGCUUUAGUGUGAUUGGUGGAUAUCUGCAUGCUUCAUUUCGUGAUUUUCGAGACUUGUUAAAGUUGUUGAAUAAACAUAAACGCAACAAUACCGGGGAUGAUAAGAUGGAACCUCUUAGGGUUUUGAGUAAUUUUUAUGAACAAACUACUGUGUGUUAUAUCAACCCCAAGGGAAUAAUCAACGAUUCAGAAUUAAAACAAAGCAAUUAUACUCUGGGACUUCCAAUUGAAGAAAUAAGAAUCAAUGAUGAGAGAUAUUGGAUAAGUUGGCAAGAUGUCUCUCAUCAAUCAUAUAUCCUUUCAUCAAUAAUCAUAAUCUUGACGAAAUUCUUCCAAGUCAAUAAUCAUAAUCAAAAUAUUCAAUAUUACGUCCAGGAAUUAUUAUCAUUCAUAGCCUACUUGGCCGAGUUUUCAGAUGCGCUGGAACAUGCAUCUCCAUAUUUAUUAUUAAUGUUACAAUGGCCAUUAUUAAUUGCCGGUAUGAAUUGUCAUAAACGGGAUCAAAAAGAGUUAUUGAGGAGGUUUUUUAGGAUGGCUAAUCAAGUAGGAUCAGCUAGUUCGAAUAAGGUGCUUAAUAUGUUGAAUCAGAUGUGGGAGGGGGAAUCUGGUGAAACGGAUGACAAUACGGAUACUCUUAUAUAUUAG